AUGUACUCUCAGGUGUGCGCUUUAAUUGUGCAGUCGUACGCUCCCCUCUCCUCUGUCGCAGGAUGUUCUCCACCUCGAACACUGCUCGAAGCUUCUUCGUACGCUUCGUCUCCCCCGCGAGUGCGUCGCGAUGAAGGCGAAGCUCCAUCUGCAAAAUUCGCGUUCCCAGAAGGUGCUGGAGGGCCAGGAAAGUCGUCAUCCGUUUUUUUGGCGGACAACAAUAAGGACGUAUCGGCUUCGAACGAACCCGUUUCAGUCGCCGCUCAUAACAAGCCUAUCGGGCGUACAUCUCCACCGGAACUUGGGUAUUCGGAGCACCCAUCCGGAAGCGAGUGUGGCGCAAGUGUUUGUCUCGUCCAGGAACGGAGCGACAGAGCUGCAGACAACCGGGAAGAGCAAGGUGGAGUGCGUGCCGCAACUUCAGCCGUUUCGAGGUCGGAUCCCUCGUGGGGAGUCGCAGAAAGGAACGCCCAUCAAAGGCCCAGCUUCCCAGUGGGCGGGGCGCCUGGCGUCUCUGGACAGCCGGGUUUUCAAGGCAUUUCCGCAAGUCCUGUGCACGAGGAACAAAUCCUCCGCCCAGCGGCCGCGAUUGGCAAGGCUAAAGAGGAUGCAAGCAGGACGAACUCGUCGAGGAGUUUUUCCUGUCAAGACCUGUCGGGGACGAACUGGAGCUCCGUUGCGCUAAGAGGAGUCGCAUCGCCUGUCUGGGCCACCGGUGACGAGGCGGCGGGCGACCCGCCGUCUGGCGAAUCAAACACGAGAAAAGCCGCACCUCAACGUCAAGGAGAGAACCAGCAAGGCGACAGUCGCACAACUGCGGUCCCCAGACUGUCCAGCGGGAGGCCGGAAAGGUCCAGUGCACGAGCGUCGACACGGGCGAUACUACGAAACGAAAAGACGCACAGCAGUCAGACAGGCGCGUUGUCGCCUAAGUCUGCCCAGGCGGCUCGUGGGCGAGAUGACCAAGAAAAUGAGAAGCCGGGAAACGGUGGCGGCUCGGCUCCCGCGGAGAGGGCAAAUCGCGCUUCGACAGGACAGAAGAACAGUGCCCCGGCGCUGCUCUUGUCUUCGGAUGCUUCCCUACGAAUUCAAGAGGCAAGGAAAUUCUUCAUGAACGCAUGCCGACCGUCUGGAGUCCGCCGCAGCUCGGGUGCAUCCAGCGGCCGGUCGCGGGAUUCGGGCGGCGGGAGGCAGGCGCGGAGUCUCUCCGAGCGGGUCGUGCCUGCGGUGGCGCCCCAGGAAGCAGUUGGAGAGAAGACCGUGCGCGCGGACUCAGCCGCAGGAAAAGAUCGAGUUCUUUCCGCUGGAAAAGAGGGCGGAGAAGACCUCGGGUCAGGCAACGACCAAUCCACUGGUUCUGCGAAGCGCGCAGAUCUUGCUUCUCAUCGGCGGAACAGACGGUCGACGUCUGGCGGCAGCGCGUGGCGACGCCAAGGAGCGUCGAGGCGAGAUGAAGGCUCGGAAGGCAGUCACUCGAGCUGUCGUAGGCGCCACACAGCGGCGAACACUCAUCUUUCCGCUGUUUUCUCGUCUCGCUCGAGCUCCAGCUUCACUCCGGCUCUCAACGGGUCCGCUCUACCCGCGGCGGGCGGCCCGUCGCCGUCUCUCCUCACGGACCUCCCUCUCGCUUCGUCCAGUGCAGAGUCCUUCUCCUCGACGUUUCUGGGAGACCUGCGGCAGCUGCGCGGCGUGUGCUAUGCGGCCGCACAGGAAGCACAGCUGCGGCCCAUCAUGUCGCUCUCCAGGAAGAGCACGAGCAGCGGGCGUACGUCGUCUGUGAGUAGACGGCAAAGGCGCAGUCGCUGUGCCUCGGCAGCGUCCGUGUUGCCUUCGCCGACUCAGACCCAAGCGAGUGCGUUUUCUCCCGUUCGCCUUCCGUCUUCCGCCUCGCCGGCCCGGCGCCGCUUCUCCAGUUGUGGGUCGUCCGUUCCUCGCCACGAGCCUGGAGGCGUGAGUAGCCAACGGGAAGCAGGUGCGGCGAGAGAUCCCUUUGAAGCGAGAACGAGGGGGACCGACAACGCAGGCGGCGAGGGAGAGACACGGGCGGGAGACGCGUCGGUGUGCGACGCGCGCUUGUUUGGAGAGACAGAAACUGCGGCUUCCGAAGAGCAGGCUGUAUUCCCGGCAACGACCUCAGAGUCCCGCCUAGAAAGGGUUUCUGUGAGUCAGGAAGAGCCUUUCUCUGUGGAUGGAGAGAGACGGCGAGACGCCAGCGGAGACAUUGAGGGGCCGAUGGGGAGGUCCGAACAGGAACGCGAAAGCACAGAGAGAGGAGAGACAGGGAAAACGGAGCGUCGGCUCGCUGCUUCUUCUUCACGUAGGUCUGCGGGCCCGCCGGUGUACGCUGACGCGACGGGUAGAAGUGCGGCAGUUCUCCCCAAGCCAGCAGAGGCCUUGGCUUCAAAGCCUGGAGAGGGGAGUUCUGAGGCACGGGAGCGGCAGGAGAGCGGGGUUUUGCCCGACUUUGGUCGAGUGUCUCAGUCUGACAACCUGCCGAAAGCCGUGUCUGUGGCCUGUCGACACGAGACCGACGAUUCAGAUUCGGCAUCUCCGUCUCAGGGCGAGCGGGACGACGCUGAGAGUCGGCCUUUGCGCGGCGACCAAAGGCAGGGAGAAAGAGAGAACGAACCGGCAGAGCCUCUGGCCCUUUCGGAGCCGCGGAUCGAGGCGGCCGCGAGCCCGGAGACUCAGUCGAGAGCAAGCACAUCUUUUUCUGAAGCGUCUCAUGGCUUGGACAGUUCACUUCGCGGGGAUCCACUUCGCGAUGUGGACAGGCGAGAGGAAAACGCAGAGAACCCUUUCCCUUCUGCAAGUGAGCCUUCGUCCAAUUCGAGGUCGUCUCCGCCCUCCUCUGCCACUGCACUUUCGCGCCCGUCUCUCCUCGGGACGGCUGACUCGUCUCAGAUAUCCUCGAAGGGCAACGAGGGAGACCCGGAGAGCAGAGAGAGAAAACGCAGUGCACCGGAAGGCGGAACGGCCCAGUGUGAGGUGGGACAGGGGAAGAGAGACAAGGGGGAUGCGAGGAGCUGCGCGCGAGGACGGAACUCGAGUGGCGACGAAGCCUCGACCUCUUCCCGCGUCCCUGCUCUUCCUGCGUCUCCAUCGCAGACUGGGCGCUCUUCGCCCAUCCCCUCCGACGCUCCCCUUCCUGCAUCGGUGCCGAAUUCUGUGCUUGAGCGCGGCCACGGGCGCCGCGAAGACUGCGACGGGAAUGCGGUCGCGUUCUUUGCUCCGUCUGAGCUGUCGGAGUCGGGGAGACGAAGCGAGGGUGAAAGCGGCGAGGAAGGCGACAUGAGCGACGCGCCGACAACCAGCGUCGUUUCCUGCAUUCCUUCCUGGGCGGAGAGACCGAAUUCUGCUGCGCGGGGUCCCGCGAACGGCAGCCUGGAGGCAAAUGGCCGGCGUCCCCGCGAAGAGCCAGAAGCAGCAACGCGUGUCUCGCCUUUCGCAGCGAAACCAACAGCCGGCGUCGCCUCGCCUUCCGCCUGUCUGAAAGCCACGGCGCAGAAGGAAGCGUCCGCUGUUGCCUCGGCUCCUGUCGGCCUCGCUGCAAGGUCGCCGUCUUCCAGGCAGAGCUGCAAAGAGAAGAGAGCCGCAGAAGCGGAAACGCAGUCCGUGGAGGGGACAGACGAGCCGCAGCGGAAGCGCAGCUGCCGACAGGAGAGCCGCGAAGUGCAUGCAGGCGAGCUGGACCGGCCGGGGGAAGCAAGAGCGUGGAGAGACACUGACCGGGAUCUGCAGCGCUCAGUUCGUGCUGGUCCUGGCCGGCGACUCUCUCAGAAGGAACGCGCCGAAGAGAAAGCCGGAGCACAAAUUCACCAGUCAGACAGCCGAGAGAUGCAGAACCGAAGCGAGAGGAAGACCUGUGCGCCCCUUCCCGUUUCGUAUGCACCUGUAAAACCAAAGUCGCGUGGGGACACAGAAGGAGCGAACCCUCGUCACGACGCCGAGUCUCCGUUCCCGUCUCCUGUUGAGACGUCGCCUGACGCUUGGGUUGCUGCGCUGCCGCCACCGCUGGUCUCGCCCGAGCCGUCAUCGUCGCCGUUCCGCCCAGGAGGCGCUCCGACCUCCCCCGAGGCUUCGCAGCCGAGUGAAGGCUGCGAGUCGCAGGUUUUCGCGGAGGAGGCUUCCAGUUUCCCUCACUCCGUAUCUUCCCUUUCGAGUGACGUGGGGACGCGAGAGACCGAAGGCGGCGAUGGCCCAGGGCGGGGCCCGUCGCUUCAGUCUUCCUUGAGUCCCUCUUCGUACUUGUCGCUCUCUUCCUCCGCGUCGCUCGCGCGUGCCUCCGCUGCAGUGUCUCCUCCCGCUGCUCCGCGCGUGCAUCCUUCCGCGCUCCGCGCUCCGCCGCGGAUCGUCAGUCCUUGCCAGUCAGCGGCGUUGCCUGGUCGCGGGGGCUGGACGAGAGAAGGGAAGGCGCCGUCUGCUCCGAGUUCUCCUAGACUCCCGAACUUGAACGAGGCGGCGUCGAACGAAGGCAGCAGCAGAGGCGGACAGGGACGAGGCAGUGGCGGAAGUGGCGGGGACACAGGCGAGACCUGCUUGUCUCUGUCGUCCCAGGGCAGUCAGAGAAGAAAGGGGAAACCGUCCUCCGCUGGCGAGUCACGGGUGGAAGACGCGGGGCCGCAGUCCUCUGCGGAUCGCUCGCCGGAGUCCUGUCGAAACUGGCUUCCCUCGAGCUCCUCCGCGUCGCCGUCUCCCUUGGGUCGCCGCGAAUCCUUCUUCAUUGCGGUCCCGGUGCCCGUCAAGCGGCGGGAGCAAGAAGGCCACAGCAGCGAAGACGAGAAAAGCGAACGCGGCCAGCGAGACACGCGCGGAGACAGGGAAGAGCCAGGCUCGGCGGCCCGCAACAGGCCGUCUCGCGGGGGGUCGGCGUGGGCAAGAAGCGAGGACGUGUCGCUGGAUUCGACCGCGGGGGCGAGCAAGGAAACAGAGCCUGCCGGCGAGGAAACGCUUGUGUCGUCCCUGCUCACCUGCUCUGCUGUAACUGUCAGCUCCUCGACGGCGUCCUGCGUGGACUCCCUUCUUCGCUCUUCUCUUCCGGUUUCGCGUGCCUGCAGUCAGGCGUCUGUCGAAGGACAGACGCUCCAAGGGGCCUCGCGGGGACGCGCCUCUUUGGCGAGACUCUCGAGCGCGGCGGGCAGCACGCAGUGUGAAGCCAGCGGUGGGAACGAGACAGUCCAGCGCGGUCCAGCUGCGCCGUGUCAGGGAGGCGCGGAAGGAGGAGAUCCGAGACGCGAAACGCGAGGGAAGGAAGCGUCUGCGUCCAGUUCCGACCGCGCAAAUCGCUCGCGCUCGCCCGCACGGGUCUGGUCCUUGCGUCGUGGUUCCCCCUCUGCCGUUUUUUCGCCGCCGCCCUCGGCUGGGACGGCCGAUGCAUCUUGUGCGUCUUUGCUCCCGCACAUCGGCAAACGGAUGCCUGUUUCGCUUCUUCAGCGCGGACACGCGUGGCUUCAGGGCGUGCGGGAGCACGUGCGCGCCAGCUCACUCACGCAGAAAGUGGAUCAAGUUCUGAAGGAGUGGAAAGCUAAGGUGGCCGAAAUCGCGACGCAGGUCACCGCCAAAGCCGUCGAAUCGCUCCUGGACGAACAAACCAAGGGCGACCUCGCCAUGGCUCUCCCCCCUGCUUUUGUCGAUCUUCCAAAUGUUGCUAGCGCAAGGCUCGGAGCCGAAGUCAUCUUUUGUGGCGGCACACGCCAGGGUUCUACGAAGAGUGCCAUGCGUCUGCUGACCUCGCACGCCGCGGAGCGCGAAGAACACGGGCGUUCCGGCCGUGGAAAACGACUUCAUCUGAUUUCGUUGAAUGUGGGAGAGGAGUGCAAGGACACCUGUAUAAUCCGUCUCGCUGCUCCAGCGGUCGUGCACGGCGUUGAGAUUGUCCAAGGACGAAGCCAAGGUGUCGAGACGACGAUUUCGCUUGACGCGGCAUGUUUGGCGGAAGACGUGGAAGAACAAAGUCUGUGCGCCUGCGGGGAGUCGCUGUGGAACGCCGCCAUUUCGCGAGAACCGCUGUCAGAAGAGGAGGACCGCGUCGCGUUUGCGCUCGACACCGGCUCGGUUCCCGUCACUCAUCUUCGGUUUUCUCACCACCUGACGCGGCUGCCGUCCGAUCCCCGCUCUGGGAGUCUCUCGGAAGAGCGAGAAAUCCUGGAAAAGGAAGGUCCGGGCGUUGUGAUUGACGAGGCGUUUGCCGGCCUCAGGCAGAUCCGCGUGUACGGGGAAAUAUGGCGAGGUGCGCAGGAUGCCCCGUCUGUGGCGAGCAGAGAGGAAGACGUGGGCGACUUGCUCAAGGGCGCGGCAGUUGUCGCGUGGGAGACGGAGCAGCCCACGAGCUCGAGAAGGAAACGAAGAAGGGAAGAGCCAGAACUGGAGGGGGGUGAACGCCAGCAGGUGCUUCUGAGGCGGGCUUUUGCGCUGGACGGACAGCCACGCGAUGAGGCGGCCUCUGCAGGAAAGAGGGGAAUCGGAGACGGAAGCGCCUUCCACAGAGAGAAACGAAACACUUGGAGAGGCGUGACGAUGGCUCUCCUGUGCCUCAGUACACGGGCGUCAGUGAGUCGCGUCGAAAUCGUUUAUCGGCCAGCAGAAGACAAGCUCCGUGAAGACGCCCCCUCGCGCGCCAGCGACAGUUGUGGCGAGUCCGCAUCAGGAUAUCCACAAGACCAGGACGAACUCGGGUCGUGUGUAGUUACAGUGCAGCUCUGGGACGGUGCCCGGAGUCCAGAGGCGUCCACGGUCGCUGUGCCCCGCUUGAAAGGCUGCAUGCCUCUAAAGGCCUUUUCUGUUGUCAGCUGGAACCGCUGUGUUCCGUGA